GAAGUAUGAAUGGGUGGUGGGGGGCAGUGCGUGCCAGGCGCCUGAUGUGCCCAGGAGAUCGAAGCCUUUGAGAGAACAGCUAAGGAGCGGCUCGAAAGGGCUAAGAAGCAGGUCGAACUGGCUAAGAAGCAGCAAAGGCUUGCACAAGCUCAGUUGGAUAAGGCCGGGAGAGGAGGUGGUGGGGACGGAGAAGGAGGGGAAGGAGGGGAAGGAGGGGAAGGAGGCGAAGCAGUGAAAGCUGCAGGUAGAGCAGCAGCAGAGGCAAGGCUCGUCACAGCAGAGGCCGAAGCAGCAGCAGCAGCAGCAGCAUCAGCAGCAGCAGCAGCAGCAGCAGUGGAUUUAUCCGACCCCUGGCUGAAGUUUGACGCGUCGGCGUUCUGUGAGCGGGUGGGGCGAGGGCGGCGCAUGCUGUUCAUCGGCGACUCGAAGCAGUUCCAGAUGGUGGAGGCGUUUUUGAACCACAUGGCGUGGGGUUUAGAGAAGCCGGCACGGGACAUGGCGGUGCUACAGGAAUGGCCGAAGCCAUGUAUGGAUGCCUUGAAAGGGAGCACGGCCAAAAUUGGGCGCCACUUCUGCCAGUGGUACACAUUCAAUGCUUCGGUAUGCCCCGGCUUUCAGGUGGACUUCAUUCGCAACGAUCACUUAUCAAUAGUCUACUCGAAGGGGCCAAUUUUUGACCACAUACCGUGGGCUCAACCUGGUGUUGCCGAUAUCCCCUCUGCAGACGUCAUCGUUUUAAACAGAGGCCCCCACUGGACUCCUACUCCUCAAUUCAUUUCCGGCAUAGAAAACGCCCUACGGUUUAUUCGGUAUAAUUAUCCGGACAAGCUCAUUAUCUACAGGAACACUCCGCCAGGGCACAAAGAUUGCGAAGACUACAAUCGGCCAUUGUCAAAGCGGCAAGACCUGGAGAGUUUGCCAUUUAACUGGGGUGAUUUCCCCAAGCAAAAUCAGGCGGCUAAAGAGUUGGUGGAGCAGGUUGGGGGGGUGUAUUUGGAUGUGGAAGAGAUGGUGGGGUUGAGAGCGGACGGGCAUAACGGCUUCAUGCCAAACAGGAACAAGACAGACUGCCUGCACUACUGUUUCCCCGGCCCCAUAGACGUCUAUGCACAGUUCCUGUACAAUGCUCUUGUCCGGCUGCUACCACCACCCUCUCCCUCCCCCCCCCCCUUGCAGCCCCUGGGAGUCUUGACUGACUGACUCUGUCCUCUUGUUAACCACGGAGAGUACGGGUCGGUGGCAGUUGGUCGGGUACGGUAUACUAUGGUACUAUGCUCUGCAGUGGAGAGUCUGGCUGCGCUAUGAUACGAAAGGGGCCCCUCGUCGAUACUCCCCCCCCCCCCCCCCACUCUCCCCAAACCCAACGCCACAGGCAGGAAACGCUGACUGAUUCGCACCUGUGCAGGUACGGAGUGUGCGCGAUGUUUCUGAUUAGAACCAGUUUGAGUUAAGUGUAUUCAUAAAG